UUUUCGUGUUUAAGUUGAAAAUUAUUCAAGGUACAUUACUAGAGAAAUGUACCUAAUUUGUACUAUUUAGCACCUCUCUGUUUAAAGAUUUUAUGGUUCAGUCGCCUGUUACUAAUGGUUCUAAGUUUGCAAGCCCUUCAAGUUACGACACGUCUAUUGGUAUUUCGUUCAGGGAAUACUCAUACUUUACGAGAAAUGACUUCGUUUUGUGGAGUAGUAGAAAACACUAUUAGAAGCAAACUCCAAACGGCACUUGACACCAAACAUUUAGAUGUAAUUAACGAAUCAUUCAUGCACAAUGUACCUAAAAGUGCUGAGACACAUUUCAAAGUGGUUGUCGUAUCGGAUAAAUUUGAAGGCUUACCAUUGAUUAAGCGACAUCGCCUAGUGAAUGAUAUCCUGAAAAAAGAACUCCAGGCUGGUGUCCAUGCCUUAUCUAUUGUAGCCAAAACACCUCAGCAGUGGGAUGAGAGUGACAAAGUCAUUGAAAGUAGCCCUAACUGCAGAGGAGGGUUUGGGAAAUAAUUUUUGCAAUAUUAGUAUUUAAAAACAUUAAGCAUCAGGCAAGUUGAAAAUGAUUGUCCUUAAAAUUCAGUUUUCAUAAUAUUUGUUUAAAAUAUUAAUACAAAAAUGAGGUAGUAAAAGUUCUACUUUUCUGCCCAAAGUGAAAUAUUUAAAAAAUAGUA